AUGAAUAUGAAUUUGUAUGGGCAUCGGGUCGGGUCGGGUCGGGUCGGGUUGUAUGGAAAGGAACUUUCUAGUAUCACGGCUGGAGAAGCAGAACAAAACAGCCUCUGCUUGCCUGCUUUACGAGCUACGACUUCUCGACGACUGUUCUUUCAGAGGCCUUAUCGCCGGCGACCACCCUACUGUUUAUUUACUUUUGCUUGGCGGUUGUGCGGAAGGGCUAAAAGAUGGUGUUCGUACCUUCAACUCAUCGGGAGGAAAGUCGCUAUUAUUAACUUAGACCCUGCAAAUGAUUCAUUGCCAUAUGAUUGUGCAAUCAACAUUGAAGAUCUUAUAAAACUCAGUGAUGUGAUGAAUGAGCACAAUCUUGGUCCUAAUGGAGGUCUUGUUUAUUGUAUGGAUUACUUGGAGAAAAAUAUCGAUUGGUUGGAAUCUAAAUUGAAGCCACUUCUGAAAGAUCACUAUUUUCUCUUUGAUUUCCCUGGCCAAGUAGAACUAUUCUUCCUUCACUCAAAUGCAAAAAAUGUCAUCAUGCAACUUAUCAAAAAACUUGAUCUUCGGUUGACAGCUGUCCACUUAAUAGAUGCACACCUGUGUAGUGACCCUGGGAAAUACGUGAGUGCAUUGCUUCUCUCACUAUCAACAAUGUUGCAUAUGGAAUUGCCACAUGUCAAUGUUUUAUCAAAGAUUGAUCUUAUUGAGAACUAUGGAAAACUAGCCUUCAAUCUUGAUUUUUACAUGGAUGUUCAAGAUUUAUCUUAUUUACAACAUCAUCUGGAUCAAGAUCCCCGCUCUUCUAAGUAUAGAAAACUUACAAAGGAACUGUGUGAAGUGAUUGAAGACUUUGGAUUGGUCAAUUUCACUACUUUGGCUAUUCAGGAUAAAGAAAGUGUUACAAAUCUUGUGAAAUUAAUAGACAAAACAAAUGAUUUUUUUUUAAAACUACAUGGCUAUUUCAAUGGUGUCCUUAACAGUAAUUUCACAACAGCAGCAGUGCAAGAGAAGUACAUGAAAGAUGAUGAUAAUUUUGAUUCUGAUGAUUAA